GAAUAAGAAGGCCUAUUCCCCUCACUUCUUUUGUGUCUUUCCUCCUCCAAUCCUCUCUUGUAGUUGCUUACAUUUCCAUUAGUUUUAUAACACGUUAUCAGCACGAGACUCUUCCUUUUGAAAAGGUUAAAUUCACAAUUGUUCUGCUCAAGUAUGUCGAACCUUUCAAAGCUUGAGUUUGUGGCUCUUGAUGUCACUGGAAAGAAUUACCUAUCAUGGGUGCUAGAUGCUGAAAUUCAUUUAGCUGCCAACGGUCUUGGAGACACGAUUAAAGAGGGCAAUGAAGCAUCAGAUCAAGACAAAGCUAAAGCAAUGAUCUUUCUUCGACAUCACCUCCACGAGGGAUUGAAGAAUGAGUAUCUUACGGUCAAAGAUCCACUUAUUUUGUGGACUAAUUUGAAGGAGCGGUAUGACCACCAAAAGACUGUGAUUCUUCCUAAGGCUCGUUAUGAUUGGAUGCAUUUGAGGUUACAAGAUUUUAAAUCUGUGAGUGAUUAUAAUUCGGAGCUAUUCAAAAUAACCUCACAACUACUGUUAUGUGGAGAAAAUAUUACUGAUGAAGAUAUGUUGGAAAAAACAUUCUCCACUUUUCAUGCAUCCAAUGUGCUCCUGCAGCAGCAAUACCGUGAGAAAGGUUUCAAGAAAUAUUCUGAGCUGAUUUCUUGUCUCCUUGUUGCUGAACAAAAUAAUGAGCUCCUAAUGAAAAAUCACCAAUCUCGUCCUACUGGUGCCGCCCCAUUCCCAGAAGCGAAUGCGGCGACGUUCACCCAAUAUCCUUAUGGGCAAAUACAUGGACGUGGACAUGGACGAGGACGAGGACGUGGGCGUGGUCAUGCUCAUGCUCGAGGUCGUGGCCGUGGCCGAGAUCUUGGUCGUGGUAAUGGUCGUGGUGAAAGUUCCAAAAGCUCAUUUUUCCCCAGAAGUGGAAAAAAUGAUGGUAGGAGAAGCAAGGAACAAAGUGUUCAUGGUAACAAACACGUCGAAAAUGUGUGUUACCGUUGUGGUGGAAAAGGUCAUUGGUCUCGUACCUGUCGUACGCCAAAACACUUGGUUAACCUCUACCAAGAAUCAUUGAAAGGGAAGAAGAUAGAAACCAAUUGUAUUUUUGAGGAAGAUGAUUCAGGAAAAGACUAUAAUGAUGCUACUCAUCUAGAUGUGUCCGACUUCUUUGCCCACCCUGAAGGAAAAAUAGAUCACCUGAUUGGUGAUGGGAAUGUUCGCAAGUGAAAAACUUAGCAUUUCCAUUUGAAAUUUCUAUUUCGUUGUCGCUUUGUUCACAAGUGAAAAGUUUGGGUUUCCCAUUUGAAAUUUCACUUUCUUUGUCGUUUUCCUUGAGUGUGUUUUUCCUAUUAAUGUGUCAGUUUAAUAUAAUUUCUCUUUAUAAUCCUUAUGUGGUUAAAUUUCAUCUAUUAUAAUCAUGUUAUUAUUUUUAUAUUUGUUUGGAGAUAUUUUCUUAUAUUGAUUUACUUUCUAUCUUUUGUGAAGAAUGAAUAUUCCCAUGCUUGGCACCAAGAUAAAAAACCAUGAUGUGUGUCUUAUUGAUAGUGCAUCGACACAUACAAUCUUGAAGGAUAAGAAAUAUUUUUCUCAUCUUGAAAUGCGAGAAGCAAAUGUUAGUACUAUAUCUGGAAGUACAAAUCUAAUUGAAGGCUCCGGAAGAGCUAGUGUAUUGUUACCAGAAGGGACCAAGUUGUAUAUCAAUGAAGCCUUAUACUCUUCAAAGUCUCAAAGAAAUUUAUUGAGUUACAAAGAUAUUCGCCGAAAUGGAUAUCAUAUUGAGACAAAGGAAGAAGAGAAUAAAGAGUAUAUUAUGAUAACAAAUAUGGUCUCCGAUAAAAAACACAUAUUGGAGAAAUUGCCUGCUAUUUCUUCUGGGUUGUACUACACGUUUAUUAGUACAAUUGAAACACAUGCAGUGGUAAACCAGAAGUUUACAAAUCUUGAUAAUUUUAUAGUUUGGCAUGACCGGUUAGGCCAUCCCGGAUUGAUUAUGAUGCGAAAAAUCAUUGCCAAUACAUGUGGACAUCCAUUGAAAGGUCACAAAAUUUAUCAGUUUAAAGAUGUACCAUGUGUUGCAUGUUCUCGUGGCAAGUUGAUUAUACGGCCAUCACCUGUGAAAGUAAGGAGUGAAUCUCUCACAUUUUUAGAACGUAUACAGGGUGAUAUAUGCGGGCCAAUUCACCCACCAUGUGGACCAUUUAGAUAUUUUAUGGUUUUAGUUGAUGCAUCAACUAGAUGGUCACAUGUGUGCUUACUAUCAACUCGCAACCUGGCGUUUGCUAGAUUACUUGCCCAAUUGAUACGACUACGAGCACAUUUUCCUGAUUUUCCAAUCAAGAAAAUACGUCUAGAUAAUGCUGGUGAAUUUACUUCACAAACUUUCAAUGACUAUUGUAUGUCCACUGGCAUUGAUGUUGAACAUCCUGUAGCACAUGUUCAUACACAAAAUGGCCUUGCAGAAUCAUUUAUUAAGCGUUUGCAACUUAUUGCAAGACCAUUGCUUAUGAAAACAAGCUUGCCAAUUUCUUGUUGGGGACAUGCUAUAUUGCAUGCGGCAACAUUAAUUCGCAUAAGGCCAACAAGUUAUCAUGAAAUUUCCCCCUUGCAAAUGGUUUUUGGUCAGGAACCUAAUAUUUCCCAUCUAAAAAUAUUUGGGUGUGCCGUCUACAUCCCUAUUGCUCCACCACAGCGUGUUAAGAUGGGUCCUCAAAGGAGGUUGGGAAUUUAUGUUGGAUAUGAGUCCCCGUCAAUCAUAAAAUACUUAGAACCCUUGACGGGAGAUUUAUUCACUGCUCGUUUUGCUGAUUGUCAUUUUGACGAAUCAGUUUUUCCAACAUUAGGGGGGGAGAGCAAACAGCUGGGAAAAGAUAUUUGUUGGAAUGAAUUAUCAUUAUCUCA